AUGCUGAAUAUGGUGGAUAAGAAAAAAGGCAUUAAUAAUGGAAGUUCCACUGGAGUGAUUAAUAAUAUAAAUGGAAAAAUAAAAAAUGAAUUUAUAUUUAUGUAUUUAAUAGCUGCAGGUGGCUUUUCAUGUGUUUAUAAAAUUAAAAAAAAAAAGAGCAAUAAAUUCUAUGCAUUAAAAAAAAUAAAAUUUUCAGCCAAUGAAUCUAAUUAUGAAAAAAAGGUAUUAUUAAAUUUAAGAGAAAUAGAAUGUUUAAGAAAAUUAAAAAACCAUCCCAAUAUUGUCAGUAUGAAUGAUUUUUGGUUAGAAGUUGUUCAAACUUUAUCAAAAUCGAAAAGGGAAAAGCGAGGACGAAGGAAACAACAACAAAGAGAACAAAGGAGAGACAAACGGCGUGAAAAAAGACAACAAAAACGAAGAGAAAAAAAGAAAGAACAAAAUACGAAUACUAAAAAGAGAGUACUUAUUACCUUAUCUGAUCAUAAAAAAAAAAAAUUAAAGCAUUUAAGUUGUUCAGAAAACACUUUAAAUAUUUCAAACAUAACCAAUAAUGAAAGAAACGUAUUAAAAAAAGAUAAUUGGAAAAAUUUAAUAUUGAUAAAAAAUUUUAAAAAGGAAAAAUACAACUAUAAUUUUAAUCCCCAAAUUGAACUAAAUAAAUAUAAUAUAAUGUGUUUGUGGAAAAUUUUCAAUCAAAUGUGUGUGUGCAAAAAUGAAAAAAAAAAUAUUGAAAGUUUAUUACCUGAACAAUUAAUAAAAAAUUUUAAAAACUUUCUAUUUGAAAAAUAUAUUUUGGCUAUAUAUGAUGACUGUUCAUGUUUAAAUAACAAAAAAAAUAAAAUAUUCAUUUUUUUUAAUAAUAAUUUAGGAAAUAUUCUACAUUAUUUAUGCUGGAGUUAUUUGGAAAAAAAUGGAAAAGAAAAGAAAGAUGAUGAUCUAUUUAAGCUACUUAAAUAUGUUAGUGAUAAUAUUAUAAAGGAUAAUACUAAUUUGUACAAUAUAAUAUUAGCAUUUGGACAUAGUUUAAUCGAACUAUCUCGAUUUCCAUCAAACGAAUUAGAAAAUGUAACACUUAAUAUGUGUAUUCCUUCUAAUGAAAAUUGUGAAUUAUCAGAGUAUAUAUCGGAUAUAACCAAAAUGAAUAAAAUGGAAAUAUAUAAGAAUAAAAAUAUUUUGGAAAAGCUUAUAUUUAAAAUAAAUUGUAAUAACUUUGAUGUCUAUAAAAUGUGGGCUAAUUUUAAGAAUGAUAUUAUAUAUGAGGGGAAAGGAAUAUAUAAAAAACAUAGAAAAAUAAAUUUUAAACGAAAAAUAAUAAAAAAGAAGAAUAUAUGGAUAAAAGAAAAAAAAGCAAAAGAUUUGAAAAAUACCAUAGGAAAUAAAUGUGUUAAAAAAAUAAACAUAUAUCAUGAAAAACCUAUAUCUCUAUUUGUUUAUAAAAGGCAAAAACAUCACAAGUUAUGGAGGAAGCAUUAUAAUAAUAAACAAAUUUGGAGAUAUUACCUAAAUAAAAAUGAAGACUCAAAAAAACAUAUCUUAUUCAGUAAAUUUUGUAGGGUUAUGAAAACACAAAUGAACAAGUUUAAAGAAGAGAAACUUGAAAAAAAAAAAAAAGCCAUAACGCAUGUCAAAGUUAAUUACGAUGAUUUUGAGCAAGGCAUUUCUUCAUUUAACAUUCAAAUAUGUAAUAGUAAAAACCAAUUAAUAAACCAAUUAAUAAAUCAAGUAAAGGAAGAAUACAAGCAAUUAUUCAUUCCCCUCAAUUUAUAUAAAUUAACUUAUGAAAAUGAAGAAAUUAAAAAUGAAAAUAUAUUACGAUAUAAUGAACAUAACUAUCUAUAUGGACUGAAAAAUGAUAAUAAAAAAGAUAAUAUUUAUAAUACCAUUUGUUUUCUCAAUUUUUGUAUUUGGGGUAGAAGAGAAAUAAAUGAAUAUGUCAUAAUUAGUAAGAAAAGACAAAUUUGUCAAAAUAGCCGAAAUUAUCAAAGUAAAAAAAAAUGCUACAUUAAGAGACAUAAUCAAAAAACAUAUUUUUUUGAAAACAUAAUUUUUUAUCAUUAUAUUAUUAUGCUUCUUUUAGAUAUAGAAAAGUAUAAGUAUAAGUUUGUUACUCCUUUUCAAUAUAACCUUUAUAGAAAAUUAUUAAAAAUUUCUAAGAGAAUAAUUUUGAUGUUGCAUAGAAUAGAGACAAAUAUAAUUUGUAUAUUUUUAUUGAAGCAUUUUGAAGAUUAUUUUAUUCGAAGAGGAAUUCAUAUUGUUCAGGAUAAAUCAGACAGAAGUAAGAAAUGUGAUAAAAUAGGUAUCAAUAAAAUGGUCAAAAUAUGGAAGAGUAUGAUUGCAAUUUCUCUAAUUUUUGGAAAAAAAAUGUAUAAAAAGAAAAAAAAUAUAUUUAAUUUUUUCAUAGAGUUAUUUUUAAAUAAUAUUCAAAUAAAUAUAUUUAAGAAAAUUGAAAUUUUAUAUCUUAUUAUUUAUUUUUAUAAUCAUUUUGAAAAAUCCAAGCAGUUUGAUAUAGAAGGAAUUUACGAUAUACUAUAUGUGUGGUUGUCUCUUAUAAAUUUAUUUUGCGAUGAUAAAGGUAAAUGCAUAAAAAUAAUUUCGAAAGUUUUUGCCAAAUUAAAUAAAAAAUUAUAUUAUGUUUAUUGGGGAAAAUUGUACAUAAUAAUGAAUUGGGCAACUAUUGUUGAGACGAUAUUUAUAAGAAAUGUCUUAAGCAUAAAUAGAGAAGGAAAUUAUUAUUGGGUUAUUUUUGUUUUAAAGAUGAUUAAUUAUUUUUUCAAUGUUGUUUAUACGUUUACAAGAAAAAUAGACAUAUUUUUCACGAAAGUUAUGAUAAAAUAUUGUACCCAUAUUGCUAGUACUAUUUCAACGAAUAAUGUAUCAAAAAAUAGUUACAAUGACAUUUUUAAUAAUAUAUUCAUGCUAAAUUUUAUGAGUUACAUUAUAUAUAAUUCAUAUUUUGAAAAUGACAAAAAAAGUUAUGAUAUAUAUACAAAAUGUGCUAUAUUGUUUAUAUAUUGUUUUAUUAUUCAAGCAAAUUAUUUUGAUACUCUUUUUAAUAUCAGGUCUUUAGAAGAUAAUGAAAUUGUGAACAAUUUAUCCCCAAGUUAUAAUGAUUCAUAUAAAUACAUAUUAUUAUUUUACGAAAGAUUAGGAAGGGUUAUAAAAAAUAGUAAUAAUACUAAGAUAUGUAAAUAUAUGUGGAAAAAAUUUAUUAACAUUUGGAAUAACAACAUUGGAAUCAGAGACAAAAAUAUAAUAAGUUGUUUAACGACUUCAAGACAUGUAUAUUUUAAUAUUCUGAUAAACUUUAUGAAAAAAUAUUGUCUCGAUAAUAUUCUUCACAUUAAAAAUGGAAAAAACAAAAUGAAUUUCCCUAUAGUUUUAACUAGUAAAAAUAAUUUGAAAAAGUGGAAAAAAUGGAAAAAAUGGAAAAAAAGGAAAAACCAUAAAUUGACAGAAAAUCCCAAAAAGGUAAAAAAAGAAAUUUUAAUAAAAAAAAAAAAUCGAAAUAAUAAUAAAAAUAAUAAAAAAAAUAAAAAAAAGUUAAAAGAAACACAUUUCAUUUAUAAUAUUAAAAAAGUUUUGUUCAAAAAAUUAGCGAAUAUUAAUAUUGAAACAAUUUUAUAUGAGCAAAAUGGGAAGUGUUAUAUAUUAGUAUUUGGAAGUGUAGUAAAGAAAAAAAAUGGGCAAAUCAAAGUAAAAGAUACAAAAAUUGUGCGAGAUAUUAAUAUAAUAAGAGAUUAUAGAAUAUAUUUUUAUAACUACUUGGAAUAUUUUUAUAAAAAUAAUGCACACAUUAGCAACAACAGAAACUUCAUACAUUCUCGAAAGUGGUCAUAUAAUAAUAAAAAUACAGUAAAACAAUUUUGUCCUUACUUUGAUAAAAUAAAAGAUGAGAAGAGAAAAGAUAUUGUUUCAUUAUAUGGAAACAAAAUACUUGUUAAACAAAACUUUUCGAAAAUUGGAAAUAAAAUUAAGAAUAAAAAGAAUAAUUUGUGUAAAAAAAAAACGAGAAAACAAAAAGAUAUAUAUAAUUCAAACUAUUGGAGAGAGAAAAAAGAGAAUGAAUUAUUAAAUGAAAAUGUAAAUAUUAUAAAAAAAUAUAAAAGUGAAAAAAUUAAGAAAAAAGAACUUGAAAAAUUUUUUGACAAUAUUGUCUAUUCAAGCGAAAAUGAUGACUUUAAAAUUAUUUUUGAAAAUGCUACUAAUAGUAAUCCGUGUAGUACCGUCGAUUUGGCUAAUCAAAAUGAAUUAAGUACAAAGAGGAAUAACAUAAACAAAAAGCUCAACUUUUUCAAACACAAAAAAAAUCACAAAAAUAACAAAAAUAACAAAAACCUAAAAAAUCACAAAAAUUACAAAAACCUAAAAAAUUACAAAAAUUACAAAAAUCAUAAAAAUCACAAAAAUAUAUUUUUUAAAAGUGUGAAUAAUGCAAACCGUUUUUUUGUGACCAACGUUGAACCGAAUCCUAUUAUGUCUAACAACCAUCAAAUAACCGAUUCUAAUGAUAUAUAUAAUAAUUUUUCUAUUCAAAAAAAAUAUGAAUAUAAUUAUAAAAAUUGUGACAAUAUAUAUAAUACAAAAGAUUGUGAUGAAAACGAUACUUCUUAUAUUUCUUUUCUAGUUAAUGAACAUAAGGAACAAUUUUUAUCCCAUAGGAAUAAGGAGUUAUAUAAAAAUAUGGUUGGUAUGGAAAGGGGGGAUAUAUUAUAUCGAGACAACGAUUGUAAGAUGAAAGAUGCUUUAUAUUGUUUACAUGAUCAAUGUGAUAAUAGUAUGAUAGAAACAUGUAGAACAAACGAAUUUAUUAAAAAGUGUACUAAAAUAAAAAAGGAAAAGAUGGAUAAAAUUAACAAAAUGAUGAACGAGGUUGAUCAACAUAUAUCUUUAGAAACUGUGAAAUAUAAAUGUAGUUUUAAAAAAAAUGAUAAAAAUUUGAUACAAAAUAAGAAAAAAAUAAUAAUCCGUAAAAUAUGUCAAAUUAAUAAAGCUUUUUAUUUUAAAUAUAAUAAAAUAAAUGACAAGAAAAGAAUAUACUUUGAUAGUGUAUUGUGUAAAAGUGAGAGACAUAAAAUAUAUAAAAAAAGAAAUGAAGAUAUAAAGGUAACCCUACUUAAAACAUUGAAAGGAAAAAGUAAUGAAUAUGUACUAACCACCUAUUUGACCGAAAUAUAUAGUGAUAAUAUUAAUGGUCAGUUUGAAAAAGGUAAGAAAAAAAUAAAUUCGAAUGAAAUAAUUUAUCAAAAAACAUUUGAUAUGUAUUGUAUUGAGAAUGGAGAAGAAGUUUAUGAGGAGCAAGAGAGAGUGAAAAAAAAAAAAAAAAAUAAAAAAAAUAUAAAUGAGAUGAUAAAAAUGGACACAAUUCGAACAGAUUUUGAAGAUAGUUUUACAAAUUCAUAUAACAAAAAAUGUGACAUUUUAAAAAUGCCAAGUAAUAUUAAAAAUAAUAAUGAAAAAAAAGAAAGAGAUAUUAAAAGACCGUUUUUAAUAAUUAAUAAAAAAAAACAUGAAAAUAAUAUUAAAAAUUUUUAUAAUUUAUUUAAAUUGGAUAAAAACAAUGUAAAUUCAAAGCCCAAAACUAAUCCUUACUAUGAAACAGUUUUUCAUGAUAAUGAAGAUAAUAUAUUUUAUUGUCUAUAUAAAUAUGUACAACAACAAAUGUAUAAAUAUUGUAAUUGUGAUAUUGAUAAAUAUACUUCAAAUUGUAUUGAAAAAAAUGUUAACAGGUGGGAAUGGUGUGGAUUUAAAAAAGAAAAUGAAAACUACGAUAAAAUAAAAACAGAAAUAAAUAAUAACUCGUUUUACAAUUGUAGAAACACACACAACAUAUGCAAUAACUACAAUUCAGUUUAUCAAUUACAAUUUAGAAAACUAGGAAAAGUUUGUAAAGAAAAAAAUUUUGAAGAAAAAAAAAAAAUUAUAAAAAUAGAAUUUAGGAAAAAUGGCAACAAUUUUAAGUUACCAUCAUUAUUAUGUAUUUUAAAAUGGGACAAUUUUUUUAAACCACAUUUUAUCAUAAGAUGUGAUAAUUUUUUACAUACUUAUAAUAUAUAUUUUGAUUUUUUUCUCUUACUUAUGAAUUUAUUUCAUAAAAGAGAAGGAAACAAUAUGUAUCGAUUUAACAGUAAUAAGACUAUUAUAUAUAACCCUUAUUUAUCUCAUCAAGUUGAUAUGGUUACAAGAUAUUUUAUUUCGAAUGUGCAUAAAAUAAAUAACAAAUUACCCAUUCAUUUUGUAAAUGAUAUACUGGACAUAUAUUCAUAUAAUAGAUUCUUAAAUGUGUCAAAUAAAUGCAGUUUCAAAAAUUGUGGAAAUGAUGAUAAUAAUAAUGAUCAGAGAUGUAAAACGUAUCAUUUCACAAACCAUGCCAUUUUAAAUACAGAGAAAGUAAAACUGUCAAAAAAACGACGUAUUGGUUGGGAUGGACAAAAACAAAGAAAACGAAAAGGUGUAAUAAAUACGUUAAAUGAAGAGAAUGAAAAUAUAUUUUGUAAAAACAAGGAAAAAAAGGAGGAAGAUUAUAAAAAAAUUGACACAAAAAUAUGCCAAUAUAAUGAAAAAAUUCCAGCAUCAAACAUAGAUAAUGAAAAAAAUAAACAAAAUUUUAUAAAAAAUAAAAAAUAUAAAUUUAAUUUAUAUAUACGAAUGGAAUAUUGUAAAGAUACAAUCGAAAAUUAUAUCAAUAGAAGAACUCGUAUUAAUAUUAAAAGAAACAUUGAAAUUAUAAAUAUGAUAAUUAUGGGCUUAAAUUAUAUACAUAAUAAUAACAUUAUGCAUAGAGAUUUAAAACCUUCAAAUAUAUUUAUCUCAAACAAUGAUAUUGUUAAAAUAGGUGAUUUUGGUUUAGCUUCAUAUGAUUAUUUGGAUGAUCACAAAAUAAAUACAACAAAAGAAGAAGAGAUACAAAAUGAUAUAAUAAUAAUAAAUAAAAAUUGUGAUAACAAAAAAAAACACUUUUCAAACUAUAAUUCAGUAUUCCCAUUAGAAAAUUGUCAAAUAAGUGACGUACAUAAUACUAAAAGUGAUUGUAAUGAAAGUAAUCUAUUUAAAUCAAAUAAAUUUGUGAUUCAAAAUAAAAAUAGAAGCCUUCGUAGUUGCAAAAGAAUAUUCCAAUGGUGGAGUACAAUAGAUGAAUUAAACAUAUUUUGUAAAAAUAAGAGAAGAUUAACCAAAUUUAAAAGUGGUAGCAAUACCACUCAUAUAAGAAAAGACACUUUAAAUGAAAACAGAAUAGCUAGACAUGCAAAUAUAUGUCGUAAUUUAUCAUUUUCGCAAAAUAGGGAACAUAUUAAUAGAAAUAAAAUGAAAAAAUGCAACAUUAUAAAAAAUCACAUAAUAAAAUCGAAUAUAUCCGAAAAAAUGAAUAUUUCCAUGAAUGUUCUUUUGAGCUGCACAAAAACAAAACGCUAUUUCAGUGAUGAAGAUAAAUUGGUAGAAACGAGAAAAAAAUGCAGCAAAAAUAGCGGGGAAGGAAAUAGUAAUAUUUGUGACACAAAAAAAAAAAAAAAAAAUGAUGUCGGGGCAAAAACGGACAAAAACAAAAUAGCUACCCAAAAAAAAAAAAAUAAAAAAGAGCACAAAAAGGAGCAUAAAAAAGAGCAUAAAAAGGAGCAUAAAAACCCUAUACGAAGACGUAGUACAAACAGUUCUAUAAGUAGUGCAAUAGUUGUUAAACGGAAUGCUUAUUGCCGAUUAGAAAUUGAAAAGUAUCUCUUGUCUAAAUCUUUUCAAAAUUGUCGUAGUAAUAAAAAAAAAAAAUAUAUAAAUAUAAAAACAAUCAAAAAUAAAUUUUGCUCGGCUUCCAAUAAAAACUUUGGUGCAAAGUGGAUGCGUAUAUAUAGAAAAGGACUACACCAUGAUGAUAUACAAGAAAAAUCAGCUGAUCAAAGAACGGAGAAAAUGGGGGGGUGCAAUAAAACAGUAGCUAGCGAUUUUUCAAGCAAUUUAAAAAAUAUCAAAGAAUCAAUUAAUCAUACACUAGGCAUAGGGACAAAACUUUAUUCAGCACCUGAACAAUUAGAAGGAAAUAAAUAUACCAAAGCAGUAGAUAUUUUCUCUUUAGGUUUAAUUAUAAUUGAUUUAUUUAUUAAAACGGAAACAAAUAUGGAAAGAACACAAAUAUUAUGUAAUGCCAGGGAAAGAAUUUUACCUGACUUGUUAAUAAAAAAACAUCCAAAUGUAGCUAAUUUAUGUAAAAAAAUGUUAUCGCUAGAUUACAAAUCUAGACCAACUUCGGCACAAUUAUACAACAAAAUAAUAUCUACUGGUGACAUAUUUUUACCAGAUAAAUGUCCCUAA